AAUGGUUCACUCAUCUCAGAGCGAUUCAACCAGCAAAAAUGGCCGACCUUGCAGAAACAAACCGCAAGCACUUUGACAAAGUCGCCUCCAACCACCAAACCGACUUUGGCGAGCUCAUCGCCGCAGUUAUUGCCGAACUCAAACGCCGCCGCGGCUGGAUCAGUAGCACCUUAGCCGGCGGCCCAAACACUGACUCGCACACUGCUCCUGCUUUACGAGAUGAGGUCCGGCUAUUGGAUUAUGCGUGCGGUGCUGGGACGGUGUCCAAGGCGUUAGCCCCCCACGCAACACACACCAUCGGCCUGGAUCUAUCAGCCAACAUGGUGGCCGAGUAUAAUAAAGCGGCGCGGGAAAUAUUCGACGCGCACGGACCGGGCCUCCAACCAGGACGAAUGGAAGGAUUCCAACACGAUUUACUCGCUGAGUCUUACUCUGGUUCUGGUUCCGAUACUGCGGGUGUGGGUGCGGGUAAUAAUCCGCUCCCCAGCGGAACUCUCGCGCCCUUUGAUGUCAUUGUUGUCGGGAUGGCGCUGCACCAUGUUGCCGAGCCUGGGAGGCUGUUGACGCGGUUCAGUGAGUUGUUGAAGCCCGGUGGUGUCUGUGUGGUGCUUGAUAUGGUCCCGGGGAGUGCUCAAUUUGGCCAUGACGUUGACCUGAAAGAAUCAGGGCAUGAAGGAGGUGUGCUGGACACGAUUGGGAAGCAUGGAUUUACCGAGGCGGAGAUGCGGGAUUUGUAUGAGGGGGUCGGGAUGUGGAGGGGAUUUGAAUAUGCCGUUUUCGACGAGCGGUUCCAGUUCACUCUCUUUGGGCAGCAGUGUAGUUCCUUGGGGUUUAUUGCGAGGGGAGAGAUGCUGUGACCUCUGUCUGGUUACUUGGGAGUCGUGGUGACACCGUAGGGCAAGUGGAAUGAUUCAGGUCGUAUUGAUGUGGAGAGAUCGGGUAGCACGGAUAACAAUAACAGAAGUAUGCAGUCUCUACCAAUAGCAGCCAGGCGGUAAUUGAUAUCCCUGGUUGGAGUCUUGAACUGGCACUCAGACGCCGCGCUUGUCUUCUCCACAGCCUUUGACAUGCGCCCCAGGUCUGUCCCCGCGGGGAACGACGCAGGGAACGGCGCAGGGCCUCUGGGCACGAUGAUUUGAUUCGGUGGGAGUCGAAUAUCAUCAAAUGGAGGGUAAUUUGCUGCCGUUUGCCAAG